AUGAAUUCAUCAUCAAAUAUAAUUUAUAAAAGUUUUAAAAAUUCAAAAAUAUUUUUAAAUAAACAAUGUAUUAUUAAUAAUGGUUUAAAAUUAAAUAAAAAAUAUUUUACAACAACUUCAACAAAAGAAAAUAAUAAUAAUAAUAAUAAUAAAAAUCCAAAAUUUAUUGAAAAUAAUUUAUUUCAAAAAGGAUUAUUAACAAUUGGUAGUGCAUUUGUUGCAUUUAUAAAUCCAGGAAGAGGUGAUAUGGUUGCAACAUUGGGUGAAAUGACAGGUGGUUGUGCAAUUAAAUCAAUGAAACAAAAGAUGAUGUUAGAUCCAAUUGGUAGACAAUUGUUAAAGGAGAAACCUAGAAUUAAAGAAUCAACUUACCCAUUGAAUAUACAUUUAUUACCAUCAACUACAUUUGGUGGUGCAUACUAUAGAUGGAUGAAAGAACAUGGUUAUUCACCUGAUGAAAGAACAGAGGUUACUUUGAUUCAAGAUGAAGAUGAUGCUUACGUUAUGCAAAGGUAUAGAGAAGUACAUGAUUUUUGGCAUGUCCUUGCCGGUGUUAGACCAGAUUUUCAAGGUGAAGUUGCAAUAAAAUGGUUUGAAUUCUUACAAACUGGUUUACCAAUGAAUGCUAUCGGUUCAAUUAUAGGUCCAUUACGUUGUUCUUGGAAUGAAAGAAACGAAUUAAUCAAUCAUAUGAUACCAUGGGCUAUAAAAUCUUCAAAAUCUUGUGUUUAUCUAAUGAAUGUCAAAUAUGAAGAUCAUUGGGAAGAUGAUCUUAAUGAAUUUAGGGCUAAAUUAAAUUUUAUACCUUAUAAAUAUUUAUCUGAUAUUAAUCAAAAUAAAACGACAACUAUCAAUAUGUAA